AUGACCCCCUUCACACCCCAUUUACCGCUCGUCUCUCCCCUCCUCCUCUCUUUUUUUCUGGCCCCCUGCCUCCACCACCUCAUCAGCCUCCCCUGCUCCCUUCCUCCAGGCGCUUCCCCGCUUAACUCCUCUCCUCUGUUCCACUCCGCAUCCAUUGCGCCUCCCCCUCCCCCUCCCCCCGCCAUGUUCCUGCGCACCACUCAGGCGGACCGCCUUCGUGCCACCCGCUUUGUCGUGCGCCUGGCAGCGUGGGACCGCUACUCACGCCACCCAGACGUGUACCUGGUGAGGACGCUGGGGCCAAUGGGAGCCCUCCACGUGGAGCAGGCAGUGCUGCUGGACGACAUGGGGCUCGCCUUCCCACCCUUCGGCGACGGCGCUCUGCAGGAGAUCCCUCAACCAGCGGCAGGGGCGGCAGCAGAGGGCGGGGAGGGGGAGUGGCGGGUGCCAGAUGAGGAGAUAGCCCGGCGCAGGGACCUGCGGGAUGGGGCGCACUUCAUGUGCAGCAUCGAUCCCCCUGGCAGCAGGGAUGUGGAUGAUGUGCUCUCCACUGCUCACCUUCCCAACGGCCUCAUUCAGGUGGGAGUGCACAUUGCAGACGUGGCGUUCUUCGUGCGGCCGGGUAGUCUAUUGGAUGCAGAGGCGAGGGCGAGGGGCACAUCCGUGUACCUGGCCAACCAGCGCAGCAACAUGCUACCAGAGGCGCUCAGUGAGGGUCUCUGCUCAUUGCUGGGAGGCCGCACGCGGCUGGCAGUGAGUGUCAUCUGGACGCUCGAUCCCUCCCACCACUUCGCACUCGUGGGGCCGCCUUGGUUCGGCCGAACCGUCAUCCGAUCCAACCACCAGCUCUCGUACGCACAAGCACAGGCCAUAGCAGACGGAGUGCACCCGUUGCCAGCGGAGCACCAACUGGCGGGCGGGCAGAGGGAGGUGGCGCGAGCCAAGACGUGCAUCGCCACUCUUACUGCUUUUGCUCGGGAGCUGCGGCGGCAGAGGCAGAGGGCGGGGGCGCUGGAGCUGGCGAGUGCGGAGCUGCGGUUCGAGUUUGAUGAGAGCAGAGGGACGCCCACACGAGUGUUCUGCAAACAGGAGAUCCCGAUGAACGCAGUGGUGGCAGAGCUCAUGGUGCUGGCCAAUGCUGCCGUCGCCCGCAAGCUCACCCGGGCCUUCCCAUCGACCGCCUUUCUGCGGCGCCAUAAUCCUCCGCGCCCAAACGGCUUCCGCCAUCUCAUGCAUUGCUGCGCGGUGCGAGGCAUUGCACUCGAAACGUCAACAAACAAGGUGCUAGCAGCGUCGCUGGCAGCAGUGAAGCACCUGGGAGACUCCGUCCUGGAUUACGGGCUCAAGGCUCUCAGCACGCGUGCACUCUCAGAGGCGGAGUACCUACCAGCAUCAUCGGCAGCAGCGGACGGCAUCGGGGCAUAUCACUACGGCCUCGCAGUGGACCUCUACUCCCACUUCACCUCGCCCAUUCGCCGCUAUGCUGAUCUGCUCGUGCACCGGCAGCUGCUGGCAGCACUGCAGCAAGAGAAGCGGGAUCGUGGGGAGGCGGGCGGGAAGCAGGGAGGGAGAGCUCCCCUCCCCCUUAUUUCCUCCGCCACACCUGCUCGCUGUCCACCAUCUCACACAGCAUUUCCUGUGAUCUCGGCUCCGUCCCUCUUCUUCCCUCCUUCCCCUCUCCUUCCCUUGCCCCCCCCUCAACAGAUAGCGGCCCAUCUGAACAAGCAGCACUGCCUGGCAAAGCCUAGCAUCAAAGGGGAACGCGGAGCUCUGUCUCCUGCUGCCUCUAGCGGCGCAUCUGAACAAGCAGCACCGGCUGGCAAAGAUGGCGUCAAAGAGAAGCUCCGAGCUCUGCCUGCUGCUGCUGCUGCGGGAUCAGCCCUUGGUGGAGCGCGCUGUGGUGAGCAGAAGGGGGUGGUCUCCAUUCAUGAUGGCUAUGUGACUCUCUUCGUGCCUCGCCUUGAUGUGCAAGGCCAGGUGCUCUUUCAGGUGAGGCCAGGUGCUCUUUCAGUGCUGCCUCGCAAGCUCACGGACUGGGAGGCAGAGCAGGUGGAGCAGCAGCAGUUUCGCCACCGCCUGCGAGUGAGAGUGGAGACCAGCGAUGGCCGGCGCGUGGCACGGGAGAAUCUGGGGGUCACUGCUGCUGCUGCUGGUGAUGGUGGCGGUGAUGGGGUUGGGGGUGAGGAGGUGGAGGAGGAGGGGGCAGAGGUGGAGGAGGAGGGGGCAGAGGUGGAGGGAAAUGAGGGGCAGAGCGGCAUGGAUGUGGACGCGCCUGCGUGUGUGAAGAUUGUGGUGCGUGCUCUGGUGGUGUGGAUUGUGGUGCGUGCUCUGGUGGUGUGGAUUGUGGUGCGUGCUCUGGUGGUGUGGAUUGUGGUGCGUGCUCUGGUGGUGUGGAUUGUGGUGCGUGCUCUGGUGGUGUGGAUUGUGGUGCGUGCUCUGGUGGUGUGGAUUGUGGUGCGUGCUCUGGUGGUGUGGAUUGUGGUGCGUGCUCUGGUGGUGUGGAUUGUGGUGCGUGCUCUGGUGGUGUGGAUUGUGGUGCGUGCUCUGGUGGUGUGGAUUGUGGUGCGUGCUCUGGUGGUGUGGAUUGUGGUGCGUGCUCUGGUGGUGUGGAUUGUGGUGCGUGCUCUGGUGGUGUGGAUUGUGGUGAGGGGCACGUGUGGUGAGGGGCACGUGUGCAUUUCCAGCAAGGCUUUUCUGUUGACCUACGAAGCACACCAAAUCUCUCCUCUCUUCACGCCCUUGACUCUUCCGUGCUCCGCACCAAAGCCUCCCUCUGGCCUCCUCCCUGUUGGUUUCUCGGGAUUUCCAGCAGGGCUCUUCAGCCAUACUCUUUGCCACUAUUCUCACCAACUCUCCUCUCUCUUCCGCUACCCCCCUCCCCUCUGGACCCUUCCUCUGUUGGUUUCCCAGGAUUUCCAGCAGGGUUUCUCUGUUGUUGAGUACUGGCUCUUCCAGACCCUCUGGGUCCAGCUGUCAGCCUCAGGCUCCAUCGCCCGCUUCCCCACCCUCGUGAUGAAAAUACUAGCUGAUGAGCUAGCGAAGUGGCUUCUAAUUUCUUCCCAGACACAUAUCUUCCUUCUCCCUCUCGCCCUCCCAGGCUCCAUCGCUCGCUUCCCCACCCUCAAGAUGGAGAUACUGGCAGAUGCUCACCCCUCAGCCAGGGCAGCGAGUCUCAGAAGCCAAUCAGAGGCUGCCAGCUCAGCUCCGCGAGGGCUGAUGGGCGAUGAGGAGGGGGGAAGUGGAGAGGGAGCAGAGGAUUCCACCGUUUCUCACUCUCACUUCGGGCCCUGGAAGGACGAGGAGGAGAGGGAAGAAGGGGAGAAGGGAGGGGAUGGGGAAAACGGAGGAAAAAUGCAGAAGAGUGAGAAGCUGGGGAAGGGGCUUCAAGGAGUUGGAGAUAAAGAGAUUUUGACGCAAGAAUCAGUGUUUUCAGGAAGGAGGCUUGCGGAGGAGGUGUUUUUAGCAGAUGUGGAUUUUGAGGCGGAUGCUGCUGCCGCUGCCACUGCCGCUGCUGUGGCUGCCGCUGUGGUGGCCGGGGAAGGGGAGGAAGAGGAGGCUGAGGAUGAGGAAGCGAGAAAAGAAAGAGGGAAAGGCAGGCAAGACGAAUGGGUGGGGCAAAAGGGAGGAGUGGGGAAGGCCGGUAGGAAGGGUAUGGCAGGUGCAGGUGAGGAGGGAGAGGAGGUUGCUGGUAGUGGGGAUGGGGGGAGGGGAGUGAGUGGGCGGCGGGAGGUGCGUGAUGCCACGUGGCAGGAGGUAUGUGGUGCCAUGUGGCAGGAGGCUUAUGGUGCCACGUGGCAGGAGGUUUGUGGUGCCAUGUGGCAGUAG